AUGUUAAGCAGUUUCUGUAAUGCCCAAUCACAAACUAACAUAUUCGACUUUUGGACGGACUUAUUUCGUCCGCUACCACACAAUAACAAUGAAGGAUUCGUUCCCGAUUACACGCCCAAAGAUAAGGAAGAAUUUGAUUUUAUUGUAGUUGGAGCUGGUUCUUCUGGGUGUGUACUGGCUAACAGGCUGACAGAGAUAUCUAAAUGGAAAGUUCUCUUAAUAGAAGCUGGUGGAAACGAGAAUUUCUUCUCGGAUAUUCCAAUUUUUGCACCCUUCAUGUCUAUAACACCAAUGAAUUGGGAUUACAGUUCUGAACCUGAAGAACGUGCUUGUCGUAACCUUAGAGGGAACGUUUGCUACUUACCUCGUGGAAAGGUUCUGGGGGGGAGCAGUGUACUCAACUUUUUAAUCUAUCAAAGAGGACACCCAGACGACUACAACGAUUGGGCUCGAAUGGGCAACGACGGCUGGAAUUAUACUGAGAUACUACCAUAUUUCAAGAAAUCGGAAAACGUACGGAUAAAGGAAUUGAAAAACUCCCACUACCAUGGAACAGGUGGUUAUCUAGAUAUAGAUUACGCUCCGUUCUCAUCGCCUCUGGAAGAAUCAUUCAGGAAAGCUGGCGAGGAACUAGGCUACGAAUGGAACGAUCCUAAUGGGGAAGAGGUUAUAGGAUUUUCAAAGCCGCAAGCUACGAUUCGCGAUGGCAGGAGAUGCAGUUCAGCGAAAGCCUUUUUAGAACCAGUUAGAUUUAGGAAAAACCUGAAAGUAUCAAAGUUUUCGACUGUAAGAAGAAUACUUAUUGACCCCGACACAAAAACAGCUGCCGGUGUUGAAUUCAUGAAACGAAACAAAAGACGGCGAGUAUAUGCCAAAAAAGAAGUAAUUCUAGCCUCAGGAACAAUUGGUUCUGCACAGCUACUUAUGCUGUCAGGCAUAGGACCUGCAGAGCACCUUCGUGACGUCGGCAUAGAACCCCUUUACGACGCUCCCGUGGGGUAUAAUCUUCAGGAUCAUGUCACAUUUUCGGGAAACGCGUUUAUUGUUAAUACGACGGGACUUUGUGUUAACGAUAUGUUAGCAGCCUCCCCAACAUCAGCAGCAGCUUAUUUAGCAGGUCAGGGGCCCCUCACCAUACCUGGUGGAGCUGCAGGACUAGCUUUUGCUCGUACGCAGUAUGCAAACGACCUUAGCGAAGGACGUCCAGACGUCGAAUUGGUCAUGGGCGCCGGCUCGCUUGCGGGUGACUUUCUAGGAAUCAUACGAUCUUUACUUGGAGUUACCGAUCAGUUCUAUAGAAAGGUAUACGGGUCAUUACCGUUACUUGAUCGCCAGCGCACCUUUUCUAUGAAUCCAGUACUAAUACGUCCGCAAAGCUACGGCCGGCUAUCGUUACGAAGUGCAAAUUUCGAAGACCACCCGAAAAUUCACCCGAAUUAUUUUGACCAUCCCGACGAUUUGCUCGUUUUAAGGGAGGGAGUACAAAAAGUAGUCAACACAUCAUUCUUCCAAAAGUACGGCACCCGAUUAAACGAUGUGCCAUUCCCUGGUUGCGAAGACAUACCGUUCGAUUCUGAUAAAUAUUGGGAAUGUGCAAUAAUGCAAACCUCAAUUACUUUGGAUCAUCAAGUGGGUACUUGCAAAAUGGGACCAGAUAGUGAUCGCACAGCUGUUGUGUCGCCUCGUCUGACUGUCUACGGUAUCAGGAAGCUAAGAAUUGCUGACGCAUCCAUCAUACCGCGUAUCCCUGCUUCUCACACCCAUGCACCAGUAGUUAUGAUUGCAGAGAAAGCAGCAGAUAUGAUAAAAGAAGACUGGGGCAUGCCUAUUUCUUGA